UCCCUCUGUUUGGGGCCGCAGCAGCAAUAAGCCCGAGUCCGGGGCUGAGAAGCGGCCCCGCCACGCCAGGUGUUCGCGACGGAGCGGCUGCGCGGCCACGGAACCCCCGACCUGGCCAUGGUGCUCCUGAGGGCCUCUCGUCCAGCCCGGUCCCCCGAGUGACGGAAUUGCCCCUGCCGCCGGAGGAGGAAAAAGAAACGGAGCCGGGAGCACGACAACCCCGCCAGCGCCAGUCGGUCUGAAGGACCCACAACUCUGAGGACAUGAUGAUCGUAGUGACUGGAGUCAUGUCUGUGCCUGAGCUGGGCUCCCCAGCCAGCACUCCUGCUGCAGCCCCCAACUUAUCCUGGAUGUCUGAGGUUGGCACUCCCACUGCUGUGGAGCAACCAAUAUUCCUAAUGACUACAGCUGCCCAGGCCAUCUCAGGUUUCUUCGUGUGGACUGCUUUGCUUAUUACUUGCCAUCAGAUCUAUAUGCACCUUCGUUGCUACAGUUGCCCCAAUGAGCAACGCUAUAUUGUCCGGAUCCUCUUCAUUGUGCCCAUUUAUGCUGUCGACUCAUGGCUCAGCCUCCUUUUCUUCACCAAUGACCAGUACUAUGUUUACUUUGGCACAGUGCGGGAUUGCUAUGAAGCUUUUGUAAUCUAUAACUUCCUUAGCCUCUGCUAUGAGUACCUUGGCGGAGAGAGCUCCAUCAUGUCUGAGAUUAGAGGGAAGUCCAUUGAGUCCAGCUGUAUGUAUGGAACCUGUUGCUUAUGGGGAAAGACGUAUUCCAUUGGAUUUCUGAGAUUUUGUAAGCAGGCCACCUUGCAGUUCUGUGUGGUAAAACCCCUCAUGGCAAUUAUUACAGUCAUCCUCCAGGCAUUUGGCAAGUACCAGGAUGGGGACUUUGAUGUCACCAAUGGGUAUCUCUAUGUGACGAUAAUUUACAAUAUUUCUGUCAGCCUGGCCCUCUAUGCCCUCUUCCUCUUUUACUUUGCCACACGUGAACUUCUCAGUCCCUACAGCCCUGUCUUGAAAUUCUUCAUGGUCAAGUCUGUCAUUUUCCUGUCAUUCUGGCAAGGGAUGCUGUUGGCCAUUUUGGAGAGGUGUGGUGCAAUCCCAAAGAUCAACUCAGCCAAUGUAUCUGUGGGUAAGGGGACCGUGGCUGCUGGCUACCAGGAUUUCAUCAUCUGCGUGGAAAUGUUCUUUGCAGCCAUUGCUCUGCGCCAUGCGUUCACAUACAAGGUCUAUGCAGACAAGCGUCUUGAUGCGCAAGCUGUUCCAUCAUAUGGGCCAUAUGGCCGCUGUGCCCCUAUGAAGAGCAUCUCUAGCAGCCUUAAGGAGACCAUGAACCCCCAUGACAUUGUGCAGGAUGCCAUCCACAAUUUCUCCCCUGCCUACCAGCAGUACACUCAGCAGUCAACCCUAGAACAUGGACCACCUUGGCGUAAUGGCAGUCACAUGAUCUCCCACUCCCACAGCAGCUCUGGUGCUCGUGAUAAUGAGAAGACCCUACUCCUGAGCUCAGAUGAUGAGUUCUAAGCAGAUGGUGAAGCAUGGCCCAGCCUGGAACUUUCCCUUUAUUUAUUGAACCAGAAACACAGGUCAUAUCCCUUUUUUUAAUAUGGUGCUCAAGUCAGGAAUGGGCACUUCCUGUUGCCAAUUGUGAGCAUGGACCAUUGUGACUAAUGCAGGUGGUUUGGACUGUCUUUUCCUAGUUUCUUCUUGAAAGGCUUAACCUGGAGCAGAUUUCACUUAAUAAGGAACACUAAAUUCACCUGGCAUAGAAUACAACAAUGAUCUGGGACCACACUUUCUGUAUGCUGGGUUUCUGCUGUUGUUAAUGGGGAAGGCAGAUGGAAGAAGGGUCAGACAAGGGAAGCUUGAAAAAAUGAGGCUGUAUCUUUACCCAUUUACCUAAGUUGUCUCAAAUAUGGCUGGCUGAAAGUAGCAGAAACAAUCCCCCCCAACUGCACUACUAAAAUGCACUUCUAGACACCUGUUAGACCUAAUUUGGUAUAUAGGUUGAACCCUGUCUCUAAUUGUUGCCCCAGUAUUAACUUUUGACCAACUUUUGGCUUGUGACCAGAAUUCCCUUAGGCACAGUAUAUUCCAUAGUAAUACAGUCACAUUUAUGUUCUGCCUCUGCUAACGAUCAGCAUUGGGUGCUUCAGAAGGGAUUGGUUUUCUGCUUUAGAGUAGGAAAAGUAUGAUAGAGGGAAAAGAAGAAAAACACCUUCUGGAUUGAAACAGUGAGCCUAAGUGAAAUAUGCUUGUUGAGGAAGAAGGUAGCUUUUCUGAUGGGUUCCUUGCCCAACACUUGAAGAGAAUAUAAUGCAUUUUCUGAAAAUAGGAUUUGCCCCAUCUUUGGAAACAUUUUUGCUAGAAGCUAAUGCCCACCGUUCAGAGAGUCACACACAAUUGUUCAGGACAUAGGAUAAGGAUGUACAUUCCAGUCAGGUUGUUGAGUCAAGCUGCACAUCCUCAUCCAUUGUGGGUGGGGGACCACACUGGCUGAUUCUCGAGUGGGCGCUUGGGAACCACCUGUUGGGUGAUGUCUAGUUGCACUCACUUGAAGAGGCAGAACACAUCAUUCUUUUCAUUCUCUUUUGUAACUUCUCUUGUGGAGGAGUAGUUCUGCAACUCCUAAUACUAAAAUGUCUUUAUCACAUCUAUCCUCCUCCUUAGGCAUUUACAUCCUGGUGUGUUUUAAAAUUCCAGAACAUGUGUUGUAAAUUACCAGUUCUUCUUGCUGUUAUCAAUAUUUUACUUUUGUUAAUAGUUAAUUUUAAGUGCCAGUGGGAUACAGCUUGCCUGGGAUGGUGAGCAUUCCACCUUCUCUUCCCUUGCUUUUGUACUGGCCUGGCUGCAGUUUCGCCAGCAGAUGUAAACAUAUCUGUGAUGCGCAUUUGUUACCUUGCCACUACAUUCCCUUCAGUCCACGUGAUUUAAAAAAUGCAUUGGUUUUCCAUUAACCUCUCUAGGCCUGACCUGUACUUGCACAAGUUCACUAAGUGAGAAUCACAAGGCCCCUUUUACAAGCUGAAAAGCCUAUCGGUCACUGAAUUUACCAGACACCUUGGUUUGCUUGAUGAUUUAAAGCUGGAAAGGGCAAUAGAAUUAAUUGCAGUGUGUUGUACUUCUCUGCUGCCGUUGUGGUUAAUUGUGCCUGCAUUAAUACUGCCCGCAAAAAAAGGGGAAUAACAUUAGACUUCUUCCUUUCCUGACACCUCUCUCGAUUCCUCUUCCCCAUUCACUACCAGUAAGGCUUGUUCUGGUCUACGCUGCUAUAUGUGUCUCUCCCACAGCUUGCUGUGGUUAAUGGACACCUGCUCUUUUACGGUGAUUUUAACCCCUCCUGUGAAGAGUCUUGAAAUGAGGAUCUCUGGGGUUUGACUCUUUUGUUCCUUUUCUCUGUGCCUUAAUAUUCUAUCUCACCCAUGCAUCACAUCGUAGUUAAUGCAGAGCUCAAGGACAGCAGCAGCAUCCUUCAUCCAAGCUGUGCUUGGUUGGACAAGAGUGUUUGUGUGGGGCUAGGCAGGUUUUCUAAAACUUGUGGUUACUCUUCUUGGAGGAAGAGGGACGGUUGUGCUGCUGCGGUUUGCACUCACACUGUAUGUUCCAGAAGAAACCGGACAGGAGGUGGGAUGCUGGAGCACAACAGCUCCAUUCAUAUCCCCUGCUUGAAAUAGCCUGAGGGAUUGAUGAAGGAAGUAGAAGAGAAGAUAUUUAAAAGCAACGUGUUUCUGUAAAUAAAAAAACCAUCCCUCUCUUUGCAGUUAGACGUGUGCAAUAUAUUAUUGUGGGUUGGCUUUUAAAAUCCUGUUGCUGCUUUAAAAGGAACCCUCAGACCCACAUAGCUGUUCUUUGUAAAUGGCACUCCAAUUACUGAGCCGUAGCAGUGAGUUGUGCCACCGUAGCUGAAGCAUGCUCGUAAGCCCUCGUUCUGACCCUCUUUUGAGCUAGAUGUAGCCAGUUGUUGAGCUGCUGUGCGCCACCUUUGCAGAACUGGAACACAGGAGAGGGCUCUGGUUUCUCCCCUUUCCAGUGCAGCACAACCACACUUUCACAGUGAUGCAGCUCUUAUUGCAAAAAAGACUAACGGGCUGCUCUUGUACCAGCUGUGAAUUUGGCGUCAGGUCCCUGCACCAGAAAAUAGUUGUCCCUUUGUGCCUGCAGUAGGACUUCUUCAUCCAGAAGUAUGACAUACCUCCUCAUGAAACAUAAUGGAUUUCAAAGAGCCCUUUGAAAUGACCUUUUACCCUUUUUUGUUUUGUUGUUUUUUACUUCUAAUUUUGGAGAAGGAGAUAAUAGUUUACUCUUGCCUGUUUUUAUGGGACUCAUUUACUUCCCAACUCUCCAACCACUUCCAACACACAUUUACACAUAUUUGUAACGAAUCUUCACGGCCAGUUCCCUUUUUGUAUGGGUUGGGUGAAGGAUGUGGCUGAAGUCUGUGCUGCUGACUUGCCGGUAUUUCCGUGUUGGGAAAAAUUCUAUAUUUUUAAAAAAUAAUUUUUAACAUAAGCUAUAUAUAAAUACAUAUUGUGCAUAGAAGUUGGUUUUUCUUGGAGCUUCUUAUGAGUAGCAGUUUCAAGUAGCUAUGUACAAGGUCCAGUAAUAGCAAAAGGUCUCAGGCUAUGUGGCUUUUUUCAAAGUGGAGACAUGGAAAGGCAUCAGUGCUAAGGUGUUAAUAGAGGGAAGGUGUUUUUGCUCUCCCACAAGACUGGAAAGUGAUAGGCCCAAAGAACUUGACCCUCAGUGCAGCAGUGAUCCUGCAUUCCAUCAGGGCCGGGGUAGCCAACAUCACCCCCUCCAGAUGUUGCUGGACUACAGCUCCAGCUAGCAUGGCCAGUGGUCAAGGAUGAUUGAGAAGUCUAGCAACAUCUUUUGGGGGGACAGUAACAGUUGGCAGAGUGGGGCUGUGCUACUUACCUGGCCUCCAAUUUACUGGGAGGGGGAAGGACAAGGCAGAAGUGAGGUCAGCACAGUGCAAACACACCAGUGGAGACAAUCUGGUGCUUCUGCCGGUGCAUUUGCACCAUGCUGAUCUUGCUGCUGCCUUAUCCCUCCUGCUGCCUCCCAAUAAACUGCAGCUACUCAAAAGCUGGCAGGUCAGGGCAGCCCUACAACACCAACUACUGCUCCUGGAAGCUGCUAUGUUGGGUAGGCCCUUGAUUAGGGAUUCUUAGAGGCUAAUCAUUUAAUAUGCAUUCUUAUACAUCAACCCCACCAGAAUACUCUAAGUGCUGCUCCCUUCCUUGCCUUCUCUUUCCUCCCCCAACUUUGUUUUUUUACCAAGUAACAUACCCUCUGGAAUUUUGUUUUUACUAUUUUUCCAUGUAGCUUAGUUAUUUGUAUAUAAAUGACUGGGGAAAUAUAUGCUGUAUGAUAAGACAGAGUUACCUAGUUUUGUACCUAUUGUGUAAUAACUGAUGUGAGCUCAGAGACAAGAUAUUGUCUCUAUUUUGAUCUUUGUGAUGUUAUACUGCUUUGCGGAAAAAAAGCAAAUCCGACAAAUAAAAAUAUAGAGAUAAUCUAGAUUGUA